AUGGCUACUCGAGGCCCAACAGGCACCCGCGGUGGGAACAACCGAUUUGCGCAAUUCAAGCUGGUGUUACUGGGAGAGUCUGCGGUCGGAAAGAGUUCGCUGGUACUCCGGUUCGUAAAGGAUCAAUUCGAUGAUUUCAGAGAGUCAACAAUCGGCGCGGCCUUCCUUACCCAGACGAUUUCCCUCGACGAUAAUACCACUGUGAAAUUCGAGAUAUGGGACACCGCCGGACAAGAGAGAUAUAAGUCGCUUGCACCGAUGUACUACAGAAAUGCAAACUGCGCUGUUGUGGUUUACGAUAUUACACAAGCCGCAUCAUUGGAUAAGGCGAAGCAAUGGGUGAAGGAACUUCAAAGACAGGCAAAUGAAAACAUCAUCAUUGCUCUCGCUGGAAACAAGCUCGAUUUGGUUACUAGUCAACCCGACAAGCGUGCCAUCAGCACAGCAGAUGCCGAGGCAUAUGCAAAAGAGGCCGGACUUCUAUUCUUCGAGACUUCGGCAAAGACAUCAGAGAAUGUCAGGGAACUAUUCACAUCGAUCGCAAAGAAGCUUCCAUUAGACCAGGCUGGCCCAAGGAAUCCAAGAUCUGGAGGACGAGGAGUAGAGUUGAAACCAGAGAACCCAUCUACACAAGGACAAGGCCCUUGUGCAUGUUAG